AUGGAUCUAUUGGACGGCUUCGACCUCAUCCAAACGCCAUACAAGACGGUUGGAAACCAUGAGAUUCGCGCCGACUUCCUCAUCCCGAAGUCCUCGUUCACUGGCAAACGCCCCGUCAUUGUACGCUUCCACGGCGGAGGUCUCAUCGGCGGAGACUCUCUGAUUAUGGGCUGGUUCCCCCGGUGGCUCCUGGCCCUGGCCAAGAAACAUCAUGCCGUCAUUGCCUCGGCCAACUAUCGUCUUAUGCCUGAGUCUACCUCGCCCGAGAUCUUCCAAGACAUCGAAGACUUCUGGACCUGGCUGCACUCGUCGACCGCGGCGGAGAUCCUCUCUCCUACCACGGUGGACCUCACGCGGGUCAUCACCGCCGGCGAGUCCGCGGGCGGACUCCUCAGCAUCUCACUGGCCUUGGCCCAUCCCGACGAGAUCCGCGCUGCCACGGCCAGCUAUCCCAUGGUGGACGUGGCGGCACCGCAUUUCCGCACGUCGAAACCAGCCCUCUUACAACAGCCGCAGCCGGAGUCCUUGGUGGCCGAUCACGAGGGCCGCAUCCAGCCGGGCGACAUCUGCUCAUCUGGUGGGUCGGAGGAACGAAUCAAUCUGAUGCUGGCGGUCCUGCAGUACGGAGACCUGAACCGUUUCUACGAGCGCGGAACGGAGGGCUUCCCGCGCGAUGCGCGAUAUCCCCUCGAGCGACUGGAUCGGUCGGGGGUGAGGAUGCCCCCAGGAGGGAUGGCUAUCCUGCAUGGAAGACAGGAUACAGUUGUGCCAUUGGAUGGAGUGCAGCGGUUUGUGGAUAAGGCGAGAGAGGUGCUGGGAGAUGGGAUUAGGUUGACGGUGCGCGAUGGGAUCCAUGGAUUUGACCUUGAGACGCCGUUGGAGGAGUGGUGGCUGAGUGAUCAUCUGAAGGGAGUGAUUGAGGGGUGGUUCAUAUAG